CUCGGACAUUUCGCCUCACUUCCGGUUUAUUUCCGUUCAGGAACUUGAUGUUCCAAAAGACUCAUCUGUUGCAUAGUUCUCAUCUGGGCGAGGACGAGCGAGCAGGAGGUUGUUUUCUACUACGGUGAGAGCAAGAAACGCGGCCAACACGUCCCGUCGGCAACAAACUUCCCAAAUCCACUUCCUGCCACCAUGACGACCAUUGUGAUGGACCGAAUCUGCCGCCUCUUCAUUAGCUUGCAGCAGAUCAAGGAGGUACCUCGCAUGCUGACCGAGGCGGCGCCGUCCAUCCCCGGCACGGUGCGGGACACCGAGGUCCCUCCAUUCUUCCGGGAGCGUUUCAUCUGCACAGGCUACCGUCCUCUCCAUCAGCGGUGGCGCUACUACUUCCUAUCCAUUUUCCAGCGUCACAACGAGACUGUCAACAUCUGGACUCACCUGCUGGCCCUCUUGGUUCUUUUGGUGAAGCUGUGCCAAGUGGCCGAGACUGUGGACUUUGCGGGGGACCGUCAUUCGUGGCCGCUGUUGGUCCUCAUCGUGUCAGCCAUUAACUACACGGCUUGGAGCGUGUUGGCUCACCUGCUUGGCGGUAAGUCGGAGCUGUGUCACUACGCCUUCUUCUUCUUGGACUAUGUAGGGGUGGCGCAGUACCAGUAUGGAAGUGUUGUGGUGCACUACUACUACACCAUAGAGGAAGACUUUUACUCACGAGUGCAUGCCGUCUUCAUCCCUGUGGCGGUGCUCCUCAGUUGGUGCUCGUGCCUGGGCUGCUGCUACGGUAAAUAUUGCAGCCACUUCCUACCUCUUUGGGUGCGUAAAGUUGGCCAGGUGACGCCCUCCUCCCUCGCCUACAUGUGGGACAUCAGCCCUGUCAUGCACAGACUCCUCUUCAAUCCCGGAGGUCUAGGCGACCCUGCCGCCAUUUACCAUCUGGGCCACAUCGGCUUCUUCAUAAGCUGUGCCUUUUUCUUCGCCUACCCCGUGCUGGAGCGCUGCUUGCCCGGCCGCUGUGACAUCUUAGGGCAAAGCCAUCAGCUCUUCCACGUGCUGUUGUCCUGCUGCACCAUGUGUCAGAUUCAUGCCUCCCACUUGGACUAUGUGGGCCGCAGGGAGCUGUACGAGCGGCUACACGAGAACGGCGCCGCCGCGCUCCUGGUGGGACUCUACGUGCUCACGGUGCUCGUGUGCCUGCUCAUCGCUGCUUUCAUGCUGAGGAAAGCCAAAAACAUGCUUGACCGCCAGGCCAAGUUGAAAUGAAAGCUGAAUUGCAUUGCAGGUGUUUAGGGAAAAUCUCUUCAUUUGCACUUAAAUGUAAUUCUUAUUAAGAACAGCACUGUUGUUUUUUAAUGGUAUUACUUGUACAAUCAUUAGGUACACCUGCACAAUCUACUGAGAGCCACCAUUGAGAAUGUGUGCCUUUGCAAAGUAACAUUGACAAAAUAACACAGAAAUAAUGUAAAACUUCUCAACCUUUUGAUGCUGCCAUCUAUUUGUGUUUUAUAGGUAUUGCAGAAAUAACCAUAGUUGUCAUAUUUGGUUUUAUGGUUAUGGUUAAAUGCCAUCUGACACGGUGACGUGCAAGUUCUGUCGGACAUUUGAAAAAAUGUGCUUGUAUUACAAAGCAAUGCAAUCAGGUGCAGCUUUGUCAAGGCAAACCUACUGAUGCAGCUCUAUACUGGAUAUCAUUAGAUGUACUUAAUGAUGUGGCUGCUGUGUUGUCGACUUGUAGUACGUACAGUAUAUUUUGAAAUAAUAUAUGUUAUUUAAAAUUAGUUGGACCAGAAUUGUCAGACUGUAGAUGACAGUAACUUCAAGACUACUUAGCAUGGGACGUAAUGUUGUUUACUUAUUACUUCAGCCAUGGCACCAUAGUGUGUUGUUGGUGUCAAAAAGUGGGACUCUGUCUUUUGUAGUACAGGUACUUUUAGGUAGUUUUUAAUGCAUAUUUUGGAUAUUAAUGCUCUGGAAGGGAUUGCCCGUGUUUUAGUUCUGUAGUGUUUUGAUGUGCCUUUUAAAUGGGGAAGCUUACAUGCCCAAAAAAUGACUUCUGUUAUACAAUUACAGACGCAAGAGCUUGUAGUAACUUUUUAAUGUGUUAUUCUGUGCCACAGUCGGGUGUAAUGUUAAACAACAGUACAGCCCCAGGCUCUUGCAAAAGCACUUGUAUGUAUAUUUGACCAAAUGUGAUUCAAAUGCCUCCUCUGUUGUGUAACCGCUAAACCUGCCAUGCAGUCUCACAUGUUGACUUUUAUUACAGCUUUUGUUCUUUGUGCCAGAAUCAGUAAAAUAACUAUCAUAAUUUUACACCCCUUUUAAGGGUAAUUCUCAUGACAUGGAGUGAUGGGGCUGUGCAAUAAUAGGGUUAAAAUGCAUGGUUUACUAGAAUUGUUGCAGUAUAUGCAGUGCGGGGAGCACACACAGGAAAUCUGAUUGGCUGCCUCUUGGUGGAGGUCUCACACUGCUUGUUUGGUCUCCAUAGCAGCCUUCUAAGCCAAUGUUCCAGCCUGCAGGACCCUAAUCUGCUAUUUGCAUAUGGAUACACUGUCAUGUUUUAGUGAUUAGCACUAAUGUGUGAAUGUCUGCUUUUUUUUGACAGUGUCCCCAUGAGCUAGGGCACUUAAUCGGGAGGAAAACAAUAUAUAUGUGUUUUGUUUUUGUUUACAAGAGUACUUCUGUCUAAGGGUGUUCCAAGAAAUUCCGCAUUUAUGUAUGUAAGGGUAAGGGUGGUGCUUGUUGUAUAUUUUAAUGCUUGUCACAUUCCGUCAUUUUAUGACAAAGAUGCCUGAAAGAAAAUGUUUGUAUUAUGAAGGCAUUGCUUUGUGAUUCCGUGUUGUGUAUUAUGCCACUUUGGGCCACCCACUGUGCCUCUUUGCUGCCUCCUAGUGGCGGUGCUAUUCGUACAUCUUACCUAAAUAAAAGCUGGGGAGACAUU